AUGAAAAUGCAUAUCUGGAUUCCGAAAAUACUUUUUCUGGUUGCAACAUCUCUGAAUCUAGUUGAGAUGUACGACAAUUAUGGAGAGAUAUGUAGGAAUCUGUGUACUUGCGAGGAGAAGGAAGGGAUUUUAACUGUCAGCUGUGAGAACAGAGGUAUUGUGAAACUGUCGGAAAUAAGCCCAGUGCAUUUUUCCAUGUAUCAUCUCUUGCUGACAGGGAAUCUGUUGAAAAAAUUGUCCCUCAAUGACUUCAUCAACUACACUGGAGUGACCAUACUGCAUUUAGGUAACAAUGACAUAUCUGAAGUGGAGACUGGGGCUUUUAAUGGACUCCAAGGAUUAAAAAGAUUGCACCUAAAUAAUAAUAAAAUAGACAUUUUGAGGGAUGACACAUUUGUUGGGCUCGAAAACCUGGAAUAUCUUCAGAUUGAUUAUAACUUUAUCAGCAUCAUAGAACCCAAUGCUCUGAGCAAGCUCCAUCAGCUCACUGUGCUAAUUUUGAAUGACAACCUGUUGUCCACUCUGCCUGCAAACAUUUUCCGGAAUGUGCCCUUGACACAUCUGGAUCUCAGGGGCAACCGGCUGAAAAUGUUUCCAUACAUCGGCCUUUUGGAGCAUAUGGAUAAAGUAGUGGAAUUACAACUUGAAGAGAACCCAUGGAAUUGUUCAUGUGAGCUUAUUGCUCUGAAGGCUUGGCUGGAGAGUAUAGCUUACACAGCUCUGGUUGGGGAGGUCGUUUGUGAGACGCCUUUCCGGCUCCAUGGGAGAGACUUGGAUGAAGUCUCCAAGCAGGAGCUGUGUCCUCGACGUGCUAUCUCUGAAUAUGAGAUGCGACCACCACCACCACCCCUUAGCACUGGUGGCUAUUUCCAGACCACUCCAGCUGCAGUGACUGCCUCAGCAACAUCCUCAGCUGUCCUACGGUCCUCCUCCCGACCCACCAAGGGCACGCGGCAACUGAACAAAACCAAGUCUCCUAAACCCACAUCACGCAUCACAGUCAACCCCUACGGGACCAUAAUUGCUUUUCAGACCAAAUCUCCCGUGCCUUUGGACUGUCCCACAACCUGCACAUGCAAUCUGCAAAUCUCAGAUCUUGGGCUUAAUGUCAACUGCCAAGAGAGGAAGAUCGAGAACAUAUCGGAUCUAAAACCCAAGCCAUACAAUCCCAAAAAGAUGUACCUCACUGGGAAUUACAUACCUGUUGUGCGUCGAUCAGAUUUCAUAGAGGCCACUGGAUUGGAUUUGCUUCACUUGGGAAAUAAUCGGAUAGCAGUCAUACAUGACAGAGCCUUUGCGGAUUUAGUUAACCUCCGUAGACUUUAUCUGAAUGGCAAUUUAAUUGACCGGCUCACAGCAGACAUGUUUUUUGGGCUUCAGAGUCUACAAUAUCUGUAUUUAGAAUAUAACAAGAUCCGAGAGAUUGUAGGGGGCACCUUCCGAUUUGUUCCCAAUUUGCAGCUGCUCUUCUUAAACAACAAUCUUCUCAAAACCUUACCAGGAGGCAUCUUUUCUAGUCUUUCUCUCUCUCGGCUUAAUCUGCGCAGUAAUCACUUUCAGAAUCUACCCGUGAGUGGAGUUUUGGAUCAGCUGAAAUCACUGGUGCAGAUUGAUCUUUUCGAGAACCCCUGGGAUUGUUCCUGUGAUGUUGUCGGGAUGAAGAUCUGGCUGGAGCAACUGAACUCUGGCACAGUGGUCAAUGACGUCAUUUGUGAAACUCCCAAGCGUCUAGCAGGCCAAGACAUGCGCACUGUUCUCGCUGAGCAACUCUGUCCAGACUACUCUGAUAUGGUUGUGUCCACGGUGGCACCUUCUGAGGAGCCUUUUGCUGGUCUGGCAACCACCACAGAAACUGCUCAGGGGUUCAACCCUCCAUCCAGCACUGUCCCUCUCUCUGUUCUUAUUCUCAGUCUCCUGCUUGUCUUCAUUAUGUCUGUUUUUGUGGCAGCUGGGCUGUUUGUGGUAGUGAUGAAGCGGCGUAAGAAGUCUCAGAGCGAUCGCACGAGCACCAAUAACUCUGACGUGAGCUCCUUCAACCUGCAGUACAGCCUCUAUAGCAACCGCUCCGUGCCCAAGGUCAAACCCCCAGCCAGCCACGUCUAUGAGUUCAUUCCCCCACCGCUGGGUCACAUGAGUAAAAACCCAAUCUACAGGUCCAGGGAUGGCAACCCAGUGGAGGAUUACCAUGAUCUGCAUGAGCUAAAGGUGACCUACAGAAGUAAUGCCGAGGAAGAGCGAGAUAACACCCUAAGGAGCCCCGCAUAUACAGUUAGCACCAUUGAGGCCCGUGAGGAUCCGUCCCCUGUGCAGGAUGCUGAACAUUUCUUUAGAGGGAUCCUUGAGCCGGACAAACCUCCAACCACUCCUGGAAACAGGUAUGAGUACAAGUACACUGGCCCCGUCCCUUACACAUACAACCCAAACUUUGAUGUUAGACGCCAGUUCUUGCACCCUGAAGGGAUGCGAGAAACUGUCCUCUAUGGCACUGCGCCAAGUACUGUCUAUGUGGAACCGAACAGAAAUGAAUAUUUGGAACUAAAGGCGAAACUUCAGGUUGAGCCGGACUACCUCGAAGUUCUUGAGAAACAGACAACAUUCAGCCAAUUUUGA